GCAGCCCUCACAUGCAAGUCACAGUAACUCCCUGCAGGGAUGCAGGUUUUUGUCAACACUGGGGGACACGUGUUUUUGGGCGAUCCACCUACAUGCACUUUUCCUGUGUUCACCAGGGAGCAGCGCAAACACGUCUGCUGGGUUUUGCUGUGGAGCUUCAGACUACCCAGAAAACAUGAAUAUUCAUUUCAGUGUGGACUUGGGGAGAGACGGAUCUUGGAGGUGCUCCAUGGUUUACAACAAACCAAAGAAAACCGGACGGAAAAUGAUCCCACUGCUGCUUCUGGGACCCCGAGCCAACCAGUCAUGGACCAGGAGGCUGGAAGUGUCUGCCGGAAAGCGAUCCAAGCCCAGGAUGUGUGUCCCAUCUGUCAGGAGGAGCUGCUGGAGAGAAAACAGCACAUGUCUUUGUGCAGGUGCGGUUGUGGCACUAACUUCCACAUCUGUCAGACAGGGACAGUGUCCUCUGUGCAGGGAGGACUUUCACUGUCUGAAAUUACUCCAGGAGCAGGUGAAAAACGCAGCAAAGCUCUUGACUGCCGCAGAGAGAGAAAAGCCAGACAGACAGCUGGGACUUUUCUGUCACAGCUGCCCGGUCUGCCCUGUCACCGCAAAUGUUUAGAUGUACCGUCUGCACCUACUUCUAUCUGCGACUGCUCAAAGAAGGGCUGCCAUCCACAACAUCCAUUUGCUUCACGAACAGAAAGGAGAGAAAAGUGGGAACUUGUGGAGGAGGACCUGAGUGAUGAACCAAGUCUGACUGAAGUUCCUACAAAAAGCCAGAGCAAGCACAGUCCUGCUUCACUGCUUAUUAUUCCGCUGCUGUGUUGUCGUUCAGUACUGGACCAAAUAAAAAAUAUAUACAGUUCUGUGCAGAAAUCUUGUUUUGGAAAAGUUUGAAUGAGGACAUGAUGUAUGCAUGUAUUGCUUAGUGUCUUUAUGAAG